GACGGCCACGAGGGCAUAGGGGAUUGCGUCACUCGUCCGCGCGCCAGUAUCACCCGGGCGAUGCCGAAGAGGACCCACGAGACGCCCGCACAAUGACGUCCCGCAGUUACACCAAGUCCUACAGCCGCAAGGUCAGCAGUGUAACGCCCGGCAGCAUCCAGUUCGACAAGCUCUUCCGCGAGAACAGCAACCGCCCGUCCGCCGCCAAGUCCGCGGGCACCGUCGGCAAAUGGGGCAUAACGUCCUUCACGUCCAUCAGGAGCACGAACAUCAACGGUCGGAGAGAUGAUAUACAUAGCUUCGGCGCGAAGAGGAUGAAGCUCGAUUAUGGGAAUCAGAACCGCGUGAAUCCCGGAAAGGAUCCGUUCUCCUUCGACACCGACCCGGACAACAACAAGUCGGAAGCGUCGCCGGCGGUGGUCAAGCCGAAGAAGUUCUUCAAGAGCCGGAAUGUCCCGCCUGUGGUGGACGAAUCUCGCCAGGAUGUGGCAAUUUACAGACAAGUACCUGAUUCCCAAUACGGGAGGGCCCGCGCCCCGAAGCAACCCCCGCAGCAGCCGCAACAGCAGCAGCAGCAGCAGCCGCAACAGCAGCUGCAACAGCAGCAGCAGCAGUCGGUCAUAGUGAAAGCACCAAGUAAAAAAGUAAUAGAGAGUUUAGAUAGCGCCGCCGACCCUCCCGGUCGGGAGGAGAGCAAACCGCCGAUCGUGCUGAGAAUAUGCAAGGGCACGGCGCGACUGGUUUGCGGGGACGUGCAUCAGGACGCCCAGGAGUCGCCCGAGCCCGAUACCUACCGGAUUUCCACUCCCCUCGCUAGUCCCUCCAAGGUAGACGUCGAGCGCAAGACCUUCAACGCGGAGACGUCGCUCAAGUCCGAUCACAGGUCCCUGCGCGCGCACCAGCCAGUCAUCUCCACCGUGUCGAUCCCACUGGAGAAUUCGGAUAUGCGCAGGACCACGCGUAGCCGCGCCAAGAAUCUGCACCUGGACCCAACGGCGGUGGCGACGGCGGCGGCGGCGAGCUCCAUCGUGGCGACGCCGACGACGCCGGUCACCCCCAACUCGCACGGCUCCGGUCUCUCGCUGACGCUGAGGAAAUCUGUAACGGACUCCAACAACACCCUCAUCUCUCACUACGACAUCGUUAAGACUGACUGCAGCUCAACGUAUUCCUCCAAACCGACGAUCGAGCCGUUGAUCGGACGCGAUCAGCCACUGCCAACAACGACUCAAGAGCUGAUCGAUAUACUGUCGAGUGAUUCCGACACGAGGCCACCGUUGCCAGCACCGCCGCCACCGCCGCCACCGUCAUCCUCACCGCCGCCAGCACCGUCACCGCCGUCGCCGUCGCAGGUAGCCGCGCCGGCGCUAGUCGCUGGAAUCGAUGACAUUGACAAUGACAAUACGGAGAACGCUGAGGAGACCACGCCGGAGAGCGUUGCGAAUCAAGUUGAACAUUGCUCCAUAGACGUCCCGAGCGACGAGGCCGCGGCCGACGAACUGAUCGCGAUCGCGCAGCAGCCCGAGGCGUCCGAGCCGGAGGCGGAGCUCGAUCCCGAGUCGGAGCCGGAGCUACCGUCGAGCCGCGGCACGACCGACGCCGCCGCCGCCGCAACCGUUGAGAUCACGGCGAAGACCCUGGUGGAUCAGGAUUGGUUCUCGGGCAGUGACGACAGCGAAGGCGCCGGCGGGAACGCCGAGAGCGAGAUGCCGCUGCACGUGGCGAGCACAAUAAUCUCGGAGUCGCAGACCUCGGACCCGCCGUUGACGAGCGUCGUCUCGUCGGCCAAGCCCGCCGCCAAAAAGGGCAGUAUCUUCAAGAGCCGCUCGACGGGCGCGACCAACGGGAACAAGAGGCGGGCGUUGUACAAGCACAAGUGGUGCGACAGCGACAAGGAGUCUACCGCCGCGGAUACGCCCAACACCGGCAACAGCACGCCGACCACCGCGUCCGGCUCCAGCAGCGUCGGCCCAACGGCGUACGAGGAGGAGUUCGAGUCCUCGCAGCUCACGAGGGUCGUCACUUACCCCGCGGUCGAUGCGGACUUCGAGGACGAGGCCGACGCGGUCACCAGCGUUCGCUGCGGCAAGAAAGUUAAAGGGUUCUAUACUGUAGUAAAGAAUGUAAAGAAAGCUCAUCAGAUACAAGAGAGCGGAGAAUUCCAGGAGUUUAACGACGACGUGGAGUAUAUCUUGGACACACUGAGAGAAAAUAAUCCGAAUGCUACUCGUUGCCUUUCAGCCAUACGAUUAGCAAGUAAAUGUAUGGCUCCUGCAUUUCGUAUGCACGUGCGUGCUCAUGGAACUGUUGCCAAGUUUUUUAAAGCUCUUCAUGAUGCAACUAAAGAUCAGAGCCUCGGUCUGUGCACAGCCACAGUAAUGUUUGUGUUAAGUCAAGAUCGCCUGGCUAUGGAUCUUGAUCGCGAUUGUUUGGAGUUAAUGUUAAGUCUAUUAGAAUCCGACGCCAGUCACAAGGAUGCUCUCGACGACUGUGGUCUCAGUCAUGCCGAAUUAUUGAAAAAUAAGGAAAAAGUGCGUCAGUUGUGCGCCGAUAUACAAGCUCAAGGACACGCCAAGCAUCUAAAUCUAGACAAUAUCACCGUCGGUCAGCUCGCCAUGGAGACGCUCUUGAGUCUUACGUCAAAGCGCGCUGGAGAAUGGUUCAAGGAAGAAUUACGAGAGUUGGGUGGCUUGGAGCACAUUGUAAAGACAAUCCGAGAGUGUCAUCGUCAUAUUAACGGCCAGAAUGUUUUAAGAUCUGGCUGGACAGAUCCUUUAUUAGACAAAUUACGUAAAGUUGACAGAUGUUUGCGCGUCUUAGAAAAUGUAACUCAUAUGAACGAGGAGAACCAGGUGUAUUUAUUAAAGUACGAGGAAGGAGUAUUAGUAAGCACGUUAGCUAGUUUGUAUCAUCUGUGUGGACAAGAGAUUCCCAUUUAUCCGACAACGGAUCCAAGCGAUAAGAGUUCCACCGGUGCUGUUGUUAGAGAAUGUCUUUUUGCAAUUAUUAAAGUUCUCAUCAAUCUUACCCAUCGGUUUAAUGGACAAUCCUUUGGUAGCAAAUCAGUUGGCGCACAAAUUGGCGUUUUGGAUCGUAGCUUGUUUCUUUUAUUACGCGUGCCUGAAUCACUCCCGGAAGAAAAGCGGUUUGACAUGAUGAUGUUGGCAUUAAUCCUCUUGAUAAAUUUGGUAGAGCAGUGCGACGAUAACAAGCAACUUCUUAUUGACUCGAGGGCACCUCCGUUGUCAGAGAAUAUUUUCGAUGCGGAUGAAAGCGGCGUGGCGUCGUUGAUCCAUUUGUUUUACAAACAAGAGGAACUUGCGCGUGCCGAGGAACAAAAAACGGACGCGAUCCUGGACGGAAAGAAAGAUUCCGAGCAAACAGAAACUGUGUCGACUACCACUAAAUCUCAGGAAGAAUUUAUCGAGGAGACCGUCACAAAAUUGUUACAGAAAGCUGGACGACAUAUGGAACAUACGCUGAUCGGAUCAUAUGUAGUACUGUUACUUGGAUACUUAAUAAUGGAUAACAAGGAGUACGAGUCGCUGGUACGAAGUAGACUACCGGACAAGAACUUCGCCACUAUGGUAUCUGUACUUCAAAAGUUCUUCAACUUCAUGAAUCUGACGGCAUCGAACGAAGUGAGUAGUUGCGGAAUCGCCGCUACCGAGAAGGUAAUCAAGUUCCUAAAGAUGUCGGAUGCCAGAAUCGAGGAGGAGAAGAAUGAGUUACCAUUGCCAGCGUUAGACGACACCAACACGAUGCUUGACUUAACUUCAUCUUGAUCGAUAUGUUAUGCAUACACCUGACAGCAUUUCUUUCAUCUGGCGUACACGAAGAGCCAAAGUUGUAUUUUUUUCUGUCUGACGGGGAAGAAAUUCAUUUUAUUACGAUACGAAUGGAUACUUGUUUCAUAUUCGUAUAUUUUGAUACAUAUUUAUUCACUUACGUAAUUUAUUGUAGGUUUCAUUAUUAUUGAUUACCGGUUUUUUUUCUCUCUCCCUUCUUAUUUACAAUAUGAAAGUUAGUUUGUAUUUUCUAGUUUUUAAGUAAAAAAAAAUAGGAUAGCUCCGAAUUAUGUGUAGGGACACAUCUUGUAAUUAUAAUUGCAGGGCACUUACAUCGCAAUUACAUCGUUAUACUGUCUACACGAUAUCACUAAUAAUUCGAAUUAACGAAGCAGUCAUUUUCAUUUAAAACUCGAGAGACUGCCAAGAAGGAUAAAAAAAACGACGCGAUAAGCUUCUUGCCAGCCUAUACCUGAUUUUCUCCAUGUUUACGAGAUCUUGACAUUGUACAAUCGACUUUUUAACACAAAGAUAAAAAGUAUCUAAUACGUUUUAAAACCUUGUUAAGUGAUCGAGCAGCAUCAGUCACGUUGUACGUUGUGACCGGCUGAAAUGCAAGCUAGCAUUUUCUUCUUUCACUUCCCUUUUUUUUUAUGUAUGUAAGGUUCUUUUAAUAUUAAAAUUAUAUUAUGGCAUAAGUCUUGUAAAUGUAAAUUUAUAAAUUAUAAUUGUAUCUUAUAUCCGCAGUUUCGAAUUAUUGGAUCCCAUUUAGCGCUAAAUACAAACGUAAGACGGAUUACACGGUUGGAUAGACGAGGCGAGGGUACGAGGAGCAUUCACGCAUUCUACACAGUAAAAAAAAAAAGAUUCAAAGGGAGCAGGACACGCACGUAAUACGUUGUUACAUUUGUAGCGAAAAUCGCCGUGGGGCGCACAUAUGAAGAAUCUAUGUAGAAUAAAAUACCUUUUUUAAAUAUA